AUGAAUAAAUCUGAGCAAAGAAAACGAAAUCGACAAAAUAGUGAUUCAAGUUCUGAUGAUGAUCAAUUAGAUUCAAAAGAAAUUGAUGUUGAUGGUUAUGAUGAUAAAUAUAUUGGUAAUGCUGCAGAUCGUGCAUGGUUAAAUACAUUAUCUGAACGUGAACGUGAAGCUGAAUUAUUAAAAAGACAUGAACAACGUGAAAUAUUGAAACAUCAUGAAGAAAUAAGUAAAAAACUUAAAUCGAAAAUAACAAAUAAUGAUGAUAGUGAUAAUGAAAUAAAAACAAAAUCAACUUUAUUGGAUAAUAAUGUAUAUGCAGAUGAUGAGGAUGAUGAUGAUUAUUAUUCAUCAGCUAAUCGUCGUCAACAAGCUAAUGCAUUUAAACAAAAAGAAACACAACAUAGUCAAUCAUUAAAAGUUUUAAUGGAAGAACGAAAGAAAAAACAAGGUUAUUUUGAAAAUUCCAUAACAUUCUUAAAACUUAAUUAUAUUUAUCUAUGUAUUGUAGAUGAAAAAGUAAGAAAAUCUCUUCCGAAACCCGAUGAACUUUCAUCUAGUGGUGAUGAUGAUAUUAACGAAUCAUCAAUUAAACGAAAGAAAACUGAAAAAAAAUGGAAUGUAGAUGAAAUUUAUCCAUCCAAUUCUGAUGAUGAAGAUGAUCAUCGUCGACGAUCUCGAUCACGUGAUGAUGAAAAGAAAGAUUCUGAAAAACAAGAACUUAAAAAUAAAAAAUUAACACAUAUUACAACUAAAUCUGAAUUAAAACCAAUGGUUUUAUCACGUUUUCGAAUGGAAAAAUGGUGUCAUGCACCAUUUUUUACUGAUGUCGUAAAAGGUGCUUUUGUUCGAAUUAAUAUUGGACAAAAUAAUGGUAAACCAGUUUAUCGUCUUUGUGAAAUUCGUGAUGUUGUUGAAACAGGUAAAGUCUAUAAUCUUGGUGCGACACGUACAAAUAAAGGACUUCGUUUAAAACAUGGACAUAAUGAACGUGUAUUUCGUUUGGAAUUUGUUUCCAAUAGUGAAAUAUCUGAUUCAGAAUUUAAGCGUUGGCGUGAAGCAUCAAUUAAACAGAAUAUUUCAUUACCAACAUUAGAAAAAGUUGAUAAUAAAAGAAAAGAAAUUAAUAAAUUUAAACAAUAUGUCUUCAGUAAUAGAGAAAUAACAAAAAUUGUCGAAGAAAAAAAACGUUUUCGAAAAGCACCAAUUAAUUAUGCAAUGACAAAACAAGAACUAUUGAAAGAAAUAGACAUAGCAAGAGAUGAAAAUGAUAUUAAAAAAGAAAAUGAAUUAAGAAAAAAAUUAGAUGAAAUGGAAGAACGUGCUUCUGAAAUCGAUCGAAGACGAACAGCAAAUAAUUCAGUUUUAGCUCAAAUCAAUCGACGAAAUCGAAAACGUACGCAACAAAAUGUUGAAAAGGCUUUAGCUCGUGAAGCUCAAGAACAUCGAGAUGUACAAGCUGAUCCAUUUACACGUCGUCGAUGUGCGCCAAUUCUUGUUUCCAAAGCUCCACAAACUAAAGAUGAAUUAAUUCGAGAAUUACAUUUACAACGUGCAGUUGAAGAAGAAGAAAAAGCAAAGAAAAAACGUGAAGAAGAACGUUUAUUAGAAGAACAAAAAGCUAAAAAAGCAGCACUUACAGCAACUAAAAUAUCAAUCAAUAGACAAAUAUCUCGAGAAACAAUUCUUCCAGCUGUUACACUUGAUGAACGUGGUUCAUUUACAUUAUUUAAGGAUAAUAAUGAUGAAUUGUUUACAUCACAUAAUUUUGAACUUGAUAUUCCAAUUAAAAUUUUUCCUGAAUAA